AAAGUAAAUUAAUUAAUGAAAGCGGCGUUCCUCUGAGGCGAGGCGCGGACACGACCAGGACAAGUCCCCCCCCUCUCCUCCCUCUCGCCUCUCUCGUCAUUCACAAAGACUUUAGACUCUUCUUUUUUACUCUUUUACCCCCCCCUGCCCCCCUUGCCCCUGCCGCCGACUCUUUCUCUCUCUGUUUUUUUCUGACCGAACGGUGAAUCGUUGACGGGACGGGGGCUACUUUUGUUGUUGUUGGGUUAUUCGGCGAUGGUUCUGAUGGUGAUGAUGGUGGUGGUGGUGGGGCCAGUUUGACAUCGACAUCCCAGCUUAUUCUUCUUCCUCUCCCCUCCCCACCACCACCGAGUCCAUGUGUCGAGAGCGAGGCUCUGAAUCGUCGUAAUUCGCUCUUAAGUUUACUCGGCACUUAUCCGUCGAUUACUUAAUGAAAUACCGGUCGGUCAUUUGAGUUUUGGGUCACCGAACAAGUCCUUUAAUUGGCGCCGCGUCCGACCAGCGCAGCUGCGUAAUCGAUACGGACUCCGAUGAGCUCGUUAGCGUAUUGAUUCUAUCAUCGAUUGGUAAAACAUUGAUCGAUCUAAAGUUCAGCGCAGACUUUAAAGUUGACGAGGUAGUCCUCUGGGUAGUGGUCACUGGCGCAGUUGAGGUUUGUUCCAUUGUGUAAAUUGACUUUGCGUAAUUAUUAUUGAUUAUUAAUCGUUAACGUUGAAAUGUUCAACUUUGUUUAGCGUCGUCCUGUUCGUGGCGUUGUUACUAUGUAACUCGAGUUGUCUUUAUUAGACACGGAAUCGUCUUUAUAUAUUUUUGUAAUCGCGAGGCAACUGAGACUCACCGUCGUCGGUGUGUUUUUUGAAAUACGCUUUCAACAAGUUUAAGAUGAAUUACAAUGUAAAGUUUUUUUUGUAGACGUGGUGGGUGAAUUAUCGCAAUAACUGUGAUUUUGAGCAGGAGUUUGGAGGCAUAAUAAACAUGGAAAAAGCACAGAUUUAACGAAUAUAUUGCAGCACAAUUUACUGAAUUAUAAUCUGUGUCAUUCAUAUAUUUGUGUGUAGUGUAUAUAAUCUCAUCGACUUGGAACUAACACGUUAUAACCUACUUUUUACCGCGUUACCAAAAAUAGUUUACUUAAACGUAAAGUAAAAUUGUGGUAAGAAUAAAGCAAUAACACAAACUUUCCAUUAACUUAUUACCAACUCGAUAUUGAGUUGACCCCAGUACUCAUUCAACGUCCUCGCAGACCGGUGUGGAGGGGUAGAGUCCCACGGCGAUAGGAACAAGUCCCAUAGCGGUGACCUGCUAAGAGCCACAGUGGUGGCCCACGACAGAGACGAGGCCACAACUCGAGGAGCCACUCCGCCUGUCACGAGAAGGACCUCCCCAUGGACCCCCCGGCCCAUGACCCCUCGCCUCCCCCUCCCACCACUCCCCUCCCGCCGUCCCCCCCGUUCUUCCCCCACGGGAGAUCUCUCCUUGAUGAGGAGGCCGAGGGCUUCGCCCUGGGUUUCGUCAGGGCCUUGGAGGCCAUGCACACGGCAGGCUCUGGGCCGUGCCCGGGACAAGGCUCGGCAGGGCACGGCGCCGGGCACGGGCAGCCCUGCACUGCCCACAGCGGGGGCAGCAAUGGCCUCGCGGCAGGACCGGUGGCGAUGGGACUGCCCCUGGCCGUCAUUGACUUUGACUCCCAGGAGCGUCUCAAAGCGGAGAGGAAGAGGCAGAGGAACCGGCUGGCCGCAUCGCGCUGUCGACACCGGAAGCUGGAGAGGAUCUCUCGCCUCGAGGAGAGGGUGCAGGCGCUCAGAGGGGAGAACUCUGCUCUGCAGGCGGCUGCCGGUUCCCUGAGGCGCCAGGUCGCCGGUCUGCGUCGUCGUGUCCUCUCUCACCUGCAUGGCGGAUGCAGCAUCACAGCUCCCCGUGGCACCGGUGGGGGCACGGGAGGAGGGGGCCCUGCCCAAGAGGCCUGCUGAGGGGACUGGGGGGGGGUGCAGACUCCCAUCCCUGCUCCACGCACGCGCUUAUACACCCACCCGCUUAUACACCCACUCCCAACAUGCCUCGCGCACUCAUUCCCAAAAUGUCUCUCGCUUAUACACCCAUUCCCAUAAUGCGUCGCUCGUUCCCAAAAUGACUUGCUCACUUGUACACCCACUCCCACGAUGCCUUGCUCACUCUAUCAUGCCCCAUUCACAGAUACACACUCCCACAAUGCCUUACUCUCAUGACUAAUUGCUCAUGCACCCACUUCCAAAAUGCCUCACUCAUUGACCCCACGUGACCUCACUCAUUCACUCUCAUGUCUCGCUCACUCCGAUAAUGCUUCACUCUCAUACAUACAUAAUGUACACACCCGUACAUAUGUACAUACACACACAAAUAUGCACUUGCAUAUGUAUAUAUACACACAUAUAUACAGCCUCAUAUGCACACACAUGUAUAUACACUUACACACUUUACAUAUAUUCAAUUAUACAUAAGUAUACACAAUAUGUAUAUAUACAUGCAAAUAUAUCUACACUGUAAGCUGUAAUAUUCACGAGUCAAAUCUGCAUUCGGGAACUGUUAAUGCAUCCGAUACGAAAACCUCACCUCAUCCAACACAGAACUCAUCCGAUGACUACAAUGAAUUUUCAUCAAAUUUUUAAUACAAAAACUGCUGGCGCAUCCGAUUCAGAACCCUGAUUUCAUCCGAUGCAGAACCUCUGUCUCAUCCAAUACAGAACCCUGGUCUUAACCAUUACAGAACCCUGGUCUUAAUCAUUACAGAACACUUUUGUGUAAUCUGAUACAGAACCCUUGUCUUGUUUGGGUGCCUUUGUCUAAAGUCUAAAGUUUAUACACUAAGUAUUAUAACUGACAAAGAUAUUGAGAAAUGAUCCUUUAUUAAUAUGUUAACAAAGUAUGUCUUAAGAAUAUUGCUCAGUUAAAUAUAUAUUCUGAUUAAAAAUAAUUUAAUCAAAGAUUGGUAUGUGGACAUUGUCAUUAAAGUUUUUUAAGUGGUAAAUUUUUGCGAAUUCUUUUUAAUGCUGGGUUCAUGUCUGAGACGAAGCCAAACCUUUGAUUUUAUAACAGCUCUAAAACACAGCUCCACCUCUUAACACUAUCACGGCUCCGCAUCUACCCCUGAACACAACCUCUGAUUUGCUAACCCUUCUGAAACUUUGCACUCUGGUCGGUUUUUUUUGUAUUGUUGUAACUUGGACCCGCCCCCUUCUGGAUAUCUGAAAAAGAGCUUCAUAGCUCAUCGGAUUUCUCCAGGAUAAAUAAAGAUUGAUUCUGACAGCCUC